GCUGAUGCGGGAAACAGUCUCUCAACAGCUCAAAGGCUGAAGGUUUCAGUCUCAAAACACAUUUUGUCACCAGAAACAAAUGGAAAUGGCAUCUAAUUUACAGGCACAACACGAAACGCAGAGUGGGGUUUACACGUUCUCCAGCCGUCCGCGUGCGGUUCCCAACCGCCCCAAAUACAGACAGGCUGAUCCGUCACUAAAUGAAGAGCAGAGCAGUUAUGGAAACAUCAUGUAUGACCGACGUGUUGUCAGAGGAAACACAUAUGCUCAACAUAUCAUUCCCAUUACAUCUCAGCCGGACCCAGUGGAGUUCUUCAGACAGCAGCAGCAAGAGGCCAGAAGAAGAGCCAUGUCCAGAAAACGGCUGAAGGAGCAGUUUAAUUCAAAAACACCAGACCCACUAGAGGGCAGAAAGAACAUAGAUGUGCAAACAGAGUUGUAUCUGGAAGAGCUGAGUGAUCGUAUAGAGGAGGUCAGCGUGGAAUGCCAAACAGACUUCUUUCUGGACAAACCGGCCACUCCACUCUUCAUCCCAGCCAAAAGCGGACGAGAUGUGGCCACACAGAUAGAAGAGGGAGAGCUGUUUGACUUUGACCUGGAGGUGCAGCCCAUGCUGCAGGUGUUAGUGGGGAAGACAAUCGAGCAGGCCCUGCUGGAGGUGAUGGAGGAGGAGGAGCUGGACAGUCUGAGGGCGCAGAAGAAGGCAUUCAAGGAGAUCCGAGAUGCUGAGCUCGUGGAGGUGCAGAGGCUCGAGGAGAGGGAACGGCGCCUCCGUGUGGAGAAGGAGAACCGGAUAAAGCAGCAGAAGGCAGUGUUGGAAAAAGAAAAGGAAACAGCUGAUAAAAUCGCUGCGAGGGCAUUUGCUCAGCAGUAUUUGUCUGACUUGUUGCCCUCGGUCUACUCCAAUCUGAGGGAUUGUGGUUACUUCUAUGACCCUGUGCAGAGAGAUAUAGAGACCGGAUUCCUCCCUCGGCUGAUGGAAGAAGUCGGCAAUACUUUAGAAAGGAGAUAUGUAGCAAGAAUGGUGCUCGACAUGCUCAUUCAAGACGUCACUAACCAAAGAUUUGAGGCCUUUCAGAUCAAAGAAUAAACUGCAGUUUCCCAUUACAGGCAAUACAGCAAAAACAGAAGAAAGCAUCAGGAAAAGUUCAUUCAUAUUAUUAUAAAUAUACCAGUCAUAUAUUAUUUUAAUAACGUUCUGAAAAAAGCUGCACUUCAAAAACAAUACUGUAGGAGGCGCAGCAGUGCAGAGUCUGAAAACAUUGUCAAUCAGUCACAUUGUUUCAGUAAAUGCAGGUGUAAACUGUAUGGAAAACAUGUGAUCGACUUUAAAUGAUAUAUUAAGCUUAUAAAAGUGGGAAUGUAGUAUUUUUAUAUAUCGGUGACUACAUAUAAACGUAUCCUCCCUUCAAACGUGCUUUUUGUCCUCAAAACAGUGCUGUACAACUAUAAAGAUGUGGUAAUUGUUCUUAUUACGACUUUAUAAACUUUAUAUGAUAGUUUCUAAUAAUAAACAGCGUUUCAGUGAGGUGUUCCUGCCUACA